AUCCGUGCGCCGAGCUGAUAAAGGCGCCAUUUUGGAGGGGCCGCGGGAGACGUGGUGUCGCUGCGGGCUUGCUCUGCCCUGCGCUAGGCUUGGUGGGAAGGCCUGUGCUCAAGUCCGCGCUUUUCGUCGCCGCCAUGUCGGGAGGUGGUGUGAUUCGUGGCCCGGCAGGGAACAACGAUUGCCGCAUCUACGUGGGUAACUUACCUCCAGACAUCCGAACCAAGGACAUUGAGGACGUGUUCUACAAAUACGGUGCUAUCCGCGACAUCGAUCUCAAGAAUCGCCGCGGAGGACCGCCCUUCGCCUUCGUUGAGUUCGAGGACCCUCGAGACGCGGAAGACGCGGUGUAUGGUCGCGACGGCUAUGAUUACGAUGGAUACCGUCUGCGGGUGGAGUUUCCUCGAAGCGGCCGUGGUACAGGCCGAGGCGGCGGCGGGGGUGGAGGUGGCGGGGCUCCCCGAGGCCGCUAUGGCCCCCCGUCCAGGCGUUCUGAAAACAGAGUGGUUGUCUCCGGACUGCCUCCAAGUGGAAGCUGGCAGGAUUUAAAGGAUCACAUGCGUGAAGCAGGUGAUGUAUGUUAUGCUGAUGUUUACCGAGAUGGCACUGGUGUCGUGGAGUUUGUACGGAAAGAAGAUAUGACCUAUGCAGUUCGAAAACUGGAUAACACUAAGUUUAGAUCUCAUGAGGGAGAAACUGCCUACAUCCGGGUUAAAGUUGAUGGGCCCAGAAGUCCAAGUUAUGGAAGAUCACGCUCUCGAAGCCGUAGUCGUAGCAGAAGCCGUAGCAGAAGCAACAGCAGGAGUCGCAGUUACUCCCCAAGGAGAAGCAGAGGAUCACCACGCUAUUCUCCCCGUCAUAGCAGAUCUCGCUCUCGUACAUAAGAUGAUUGGUGACACUUUUUGUAGAACCCAUGUUGUAUACAGUUUUCCUUUACUCAGUACAAUCUUUUCAUUUUUUAAUUCAAACUGUUUUGUUCAGAAUGGGCUAAAGUGUUGAAUUGCAUUCUUGUGUAAUACCCCUUGCUCCUAACAUCCACAUUCCCCUCAUGUCUGAUAAAUUGUAUUUUAAGUGAUGUCAUAGACAGGAUUGUUUAAAUUUAGUUAACUCUCUCCAUGCUCUUCAGACUGUGAUAUUGUGUAAAUGUCUAUUCUGCUCUGGUUUGUGUGAACUGGGAUGUUGGGGGUGUUUGUGGUUAUCUUACCUGGGGAAGUUCUUAUGUUUAUCUUGCUUUUCAUGUGUCUUUCUGUAGACAUAUCUGAAGAGAUGGAUUAAGAAUGCUUUGGAUUAAGGAUUGUGGAGCACAUUUCAAUCAUUUUAGGAUUGUCAAAAGGAGGAUUGAGGAGGAUCAGAUCAAUAAUGGAGGCAAUGGUAUGACUCCAAGUGCUAUUGUCACAGAUGAAAUUGGCAGUAUUGACCUUAUACUAAAAGGCAAGGGUUGAAAAUGAUUAUAUAUAUAUAUACAUCUACCUUAAAACACUUGCAAACAUCUUAUGCAGUUAUCUUUAGCUACAAUUGCUUUGCUCUUUAAACCUUGGCAAUUGUGGCAAAAUUAUAUUGCCCAUUUUGUAACAGUUUAUUUUGCUCCCUUCCCCCCUUUUUUGUUUUAAUAGGGACUAAUGUGGGAAGAACUGGCUAAUUUGUCACAGUGCUUAGUUACAACUGUUAAUGUGUGACCUGCUGUUGGUGUACAUGUGGGUACAGGGUGUCUUUAAUUCCAACCAGAUAGAGUAUAAUAUCAAUACUGCUAAAUCUGCAUGUCCUCUGUGUGACUGAUAUAGCGUUGCUAUUUCAUUUUUUUAAGACAAAAUGAAAGCAAAAUAGAAUUCCAAUGUAUUGGUGUAGAUAAUCUAGUUGGGAAUACUUUUAAGUCUCACCUUCCCCCUUUUAAACUAAUAUUCAUAAUUGACUCAUGUUUAAAACACUUUAAUUUACAAAUUAAAUUGCAGAUGGGAGCAUUAGGUUUAGUUUAGACUUAGGGUGGGUAGCAAUACCAGUAAACUUUUCAACUACAUAACUUUUUGCAACCACAAAACCUGUAAUACGCUGUACAGUAACAAGUGUUGGCAUUAUCAGUUGAACUGUAUAUAUAAAAUGCUUCUUCCAAUUAGUCUCUAUGAUAAUUAAGUUUCUAAAAUUUAUCUGAACACCAUUCAGAAACUUGUUUUGGGGAAUUUGAUAGUUAUUGAUGUACAUCUGUUAAACUGAUGACAGACAUAACUCAUCAUUCCCCAGAAACCUUUUUUGAUUACAGUAUCUAACAUUUUGCCUCCUCUUUUUUGGUUUUGCUGGUUAUAAAGGUUUGGAUUGGAGAGGGCUCACUGGAUCCCAAUCCUUGGAGCUGGAUCAUUGGAUUCAAAUCAUAAUGUGGAUAGGAUAGGGAGGAUGAAUUACAAGGAUUCAUGGAGCGGGAUCAGAUUACCAGGAACAUAGGAGUGGAUUCCUGCCCCAACCAAACCGCAUUCGUGUGGAUAUUUUUUUUUUUUAUUCAACUUAAUUGGCUAUUCCAAAGAUUUUUUUUUUUUCCUAUUUUUGACGAUUGGAGCCCUUAAGAUGCACGAUGGAAUUGUGUUUUGCAUUUUUUGGUAAAAGGAGCAAAGCGAGGACCUGGAGAUAAUACGCUGGAGCAAUCUCCUUGGAAGGAUUCAGCACGAGUAGAUGGUAAACAUUUAAAGGGGAAAGGGGGGGUUUGUUUAAAUAGUAAAUCAGUAAGUCACUUCUAAAUUUAAAGAACAAAAUUGGAGUUGAAGAAUAAGUAGGUUUCCAAUUGGCUAUUGCCGUUUUUCUUUGAAAAAAAUAAACAUUUUUUAAAAAACUAUGCAUGGUUGUCCUUUUUCCUCUUCAUGUAAAAUUUUAACUGGGUGACUAGUUUAUCAGUUAAUACUUUGAUAAGAUUCUGUUACGUGUUAGUAAAUUAAAGGUUCUUGAAAGAUUAUUUCUAAUAAAUGGAAUUAGCCAUCUUAUUGUUAAUUAUAAAAGUCUUCUGGGGGAGAUAAGGUAAGAAUAAGGCAAUUGUGUAUAUAGUAUGUUAAAUGGGUGAUCUAGUUUCUGAAAGAUAAUCUUCCCAUACUUUGAUAAAAAUGAUUAAAUUUAUAGAUGUUUAUUUUUUGGUGAUCAUCUAGACAACAUAGGCUUUGUGCAGAAUCGGGUAGUGACUAGUUAAUGUUAACUUGGAAAUAGCCUUUGAGAUUUUCAAGCUUUUUUCAAAAAUUGGUAAGUAUUAAAUCUUAAAUUCAGUGCAGAUUAGAACUCUUAACACAUUACAUUUUUUUCUGAAAUGUAAUACACUAGAAUUUUUAACUGCUUAUUGUUCAUGAGAAGCUGGGCUUUCUUUAUAAUUGUGCCUUGCAAACCCUUCUCAGCUGUAAUAUUCUGUAUCCAGAACAUACCAAAGCAGUGAUUUAUAUUUUAGUCUGCUCGUUCUUGUAUCUUUUUAUUUGAUAGCCCCUUGGUGCUAAAUUUUCAAUGAGUUGGGGGAGGAGAUUUUUACUUAAAAUCCCUAAUCUUUUUCUUUUGAUUUCCUCAUAGCUAGUCAAAACCAUCAAAACAUUUUUCUGCACCCAAAAGAAAUAACUAAAUAUUAACAUUUGCCUUGGAUGCUAAUAAGAGUUGGAAGCUGAAUUUAAGACCACUAUGCAGGUGACAUAAUUCGAAACCUAGGAAAAGCUAGACAUAAUCUUGGUAAUAGAAGAAGUGGCCCCAAGGGAUUUGCAUAAGGACACCCAACCAAAACAUUUAGAUGAGCCUUGUGGAAUGUAAGGAGGAAGAGCAGGGAUGUUAAGUUUAAAACUAAGAUUGCACUUGUAAGUAACUUGGUUUAGAUUAAGGAAGUUACUAGUUUCUAUGCAGGAAUUCAAAAUAACAAUGUUCAAGAAGUGGAAGGAUUUUUACUAUUUAAACUAUUUCAUGUAUAGAGUAUAAGUAUUUUUAAACAACUAAUCUUGGAAAGGUUAAUGUAAGCUAAACUUAAGCCUAUGUUUAUUGAAUGUGUUGGAAACCAGAUCAAGAUGAAAAAUUGCCUUCAGUGAAGAUUGAGUGCAUUUAGGCUAAGUUGAAAGCUUGUGUUCUGCUAAAAACUUUAGUAGUCCAAACGUCAGAAUUGAGGUAUAGAAAGUAUUAUCUGAUAAUAGGGUGUCUGCAGAUUAGAGGCUUGGCUGCAUAUUUAUAGAAGAUAGAUGGGCACUGGACCAGAUAGCUCAGAGCUGUGAGGGCAGUUGCAGACUUUUGUUUUUUAGUCUUAGGAAAUGAACCCUAAACCUCUGCCCAUUUUGGCAGUUGUAAGAAGAAAGUUGUACUGUUUUGCAACUAAAAAAGUAGCCCUGAAUUGUUCCCCUUUUCUCUCCCUAUUUAUGUUCCCUUAGAAUAGUGUAGGGAGCCUAUAAUUAGUUUGUUAUUUUCUAACCAAGGAAAAACUUUAAGAAGCAAUUACUUUUCAUAACGUCAGAUUGAAUAACCCACCUUGCUGUUCAGCCCACAUCCUUCUGGAAACAAAAGGUAAGAAACCUAUUUUCUGAUUCCUAAUUGUUUGGGAUCUGAAUUUUAUUUUUAAAAAUUUGUUUAAUAAUUUUAAAAAAAUAACUAUGAACAGAUUUUCCUUGUUAAAAAUGUUUGUCCCCACUAAGUUUCAUACCUUCAUAAGUUGAGUGCUCCCGUGUCCACUUAACUGUAGUUCAAUGAUUCUAGAAUUUCAGCUUUCUCAGUUUUAUCUUUGAAACCUCUUGUUCAUUAGGAUUGAUGUGUGGUGGGUUUUUUUUUUUUUUUUCCAAGUUUUCUGUGUAGAUGAAUUUCUUAACAUUUCUUCUCACUUUGUAUAUGAAAGUGUACUGAAACCACAAAUUAAGUUCUGUGUAUUUACCAUAAAUAGUAUAAAAAGAGACUUAGGCAGAAGUUCUGUUGUAACAACCAGUCUUUGGUUUCAUUUAGUUCCAUCCCAGUAUGAAGGGUGCAAAGGCAGAAAACCUGUUCACGAUCUCUUACCCAAAAAAUUCUGAAAACCAGAAUUUUUUGUUGAAUGUGAAACCUGACCAGAAUUGAUCCCUUCAUUUUGCACUUAACUGGGAAUACAUGGUCUUCUGCAGAAAUACUGAGGUUUCAUUACAUACUUGCCAUAGGCAUUGCUGGGGGUGUUACAUGAUACAGAGUCUAUUUGUAUACCUUACUUUAUUUUAUUAUAUAAACUGCGAAUGGCUCUGAAUUUCAAAUACACCUGCCCCUUGAGUUUGGGUAAGAGAUUAUAGAACUCUAAUGAAAUACUGAGCUAAAGCUUCAUGUGCAUGAAAACAAACCUGUUAGUGUGGAUCCUUUCUUAAUCGAGAUCUAAGUUUCCCAUCUUUUUAGGCUGAAGCAGCCACGAGAAAAAAGGUAUGACCCACAUUUCUUUAUAUUCUGUUGCUUAGUGGACUCAGAGUUGUACACUGAAGGAAGUACUCUGCCAUCCUAGUGUAUGUAGUGGUAUAUAUUCAGUUCUUUGGGGGUAAUUUUUUUUUCCCCAAUACUUUACAGGAAAAUUGGUCAAUACGAUCUAUAGGAGAAGCUGGGAUUGGCAUGAAUUGAUGAGAUUAUAAGGAAAUCUCUGUUCAUUUUGAUUGUCUUUUGAAUAGAUUGUAGUACUGGGAAAAAUUUGCUCUAAGUAGAGGCCCAAGAAGUUGUAGUUAUAUUUAAACCAGCACUUAGUCCUGUGAUUGAGGGCUUUGGGGAUGCAUCUUGAUGACUUAAAAAGCUAUACCUGAAGGUGGUUGUGAUUUUGUAUGAAUCGAGAAAUUUUUCUAUUUAAAAAAUCACUUGGUGCUUCUGUAGUACCCCAAAAAAGUAAAUAGAAUGAAUUAGUCUUUUCAUAUGCAAGUUAAUUUAGGCAGAAAUAACCUCUUAAUAAACAUUUUAGUAAGUUCCUUCAGCUGGGUUAUUAGGGGGAGAGAAUUUAUGCAUGCCUUUGCAUAAGGAGUUGCUGUUUCAGGUGUACAGAAUGACAGGACAGUACUUAAGAUCUAGAGUUCAGCAGAUUCUGGGUGUUCGUCUUUCUCUCCAGUACAAAGGACUUAACUCCUGUUGUUGCCUUGUGACUUAGAACUCUUAUCAGCUAUUGAAAGAACUAUCAAUGGUAAUAGAAAUGGAGAGCCUCCCUAGAGUGCUAUAGACUCCUCUUAACCAGAGCAAAACAGCAGAUAGGGUUGCCAAAUGUCUAGUUAAGGUGUUUUUUGGUUUUUGUUUUUUUGCUUGUUUUUUUACCAUGUUCUUUUCUAUUCCCUUAUUGGAGUAAAUGCUAGGGAAAACCAUGUAGCCACUAGAGGGAGCUAUUAUACAAAGUCAACCAGGAAAGUAUCCUUACCACAAAGAAUCCCUUAAAGCUAGGUGGAAACAAACUAUCUUAAUCCUAUCUAUCAGCUCCGAAGUUAAGUGGGGUGUUUAAGGGUGGGUAAGUUUUCUUUCUGUAUCUGUCCAGUAGAGGAUCCAUUUAGGUCUUGAAUAGAGCUUUAUUAGUACUGAACUGCUAAAGAAGAAAAUUAGGUUCAGGGACUUAGAAAAUGCUGAAAAUAUGAAUCUGCUUAUUUUUCUACCUCCCCUGUACACUUAAAGAUAGAGAUCAGUAAGGCCAGAAGAGUAAGAAUUGGGUCCCGGAGUAGAUGUGCUGCACAUAGCAAUCUAGGCAUAAAAUUGAUCUUAGGAAAAAUGAAAAUGUUUUCAGAAGUCUUUGUCGUUUGUUUUCAUGGCAUGAAACAUUUCUGGACUGUAAUUUCUCAGCAUUACUAAGAUACUUAAUGAGUAUUAGUGUCUUAAACUGUUUAUUCAUGAACUUGACUGUUUAUAUUUUGUUUUCUAGGCUUUUUCUUAACUAAGCACAGAGUAUCUUGUGAUCAGGAAGUCCAUACACAUAGUUCUCUUGUCAUGUUUAUUUAAUGUCGUUUUAUAUUAAGACUGCUGAAAAUUUGGGGGAAUUAACACUUUAGCAUUUGUCAUUCCCAUCAUCUCCUUCCUUAUAACCUUACAUUGCAAAAAAUGUAAGGGCACAAAGUUACCUCCUGUUUAAAUUCACUAAAAAUACUGCUAAAGUUUCUUAGGCCCAUUUGAUGAUAUAGUUUAGUCAAUACGGUAUGGGAGCACCCUCCUUAAAACAUUGUUAGAAACUUGUCUUUGAAAAUAAGAUACUAAGAGCAAAUAAAAGAAUUUUUCCAGGAGAGAGAAGAAAAUUAAGUUUGCACAGUAGAGCUUAUCUGCCUGCCUGUCAUUUUCUGUGGCCAGUGAGGCCACAGAAGGUGGUUGCUGACUAGUAGGCUUGGUACAAGUUGGAUGGAGAAUGCUCUAGACUGGUUAUUUCCUAUCCUUAAUUCUAGGAAUGUUAGCUCUGAGGUCUCCUUAAUUUAACUUAUGAAGAGACACUCUAAAACCAAAAUUGUACAAUUGAAAAUCCAGUAUUUCCCUUUGUAAAAGAAAAAGGCUAAACUUGGAGAUUGUAAAGUGCCAGAGGCGUGGCAGAAUUGUGUCCUGAGGUGCUGAGUGUUAGGGGAGCCUUAACACAGGAAGUUUGGGAUAAGCUUUCAAGUUGCAGCAGUGAUUAAGGUUUAAAACAGGGAUGGGCUGCUGUAUCCGUUAAACCAAAAAAAGCCAACAGUCCUGGGCUGAAUCACUCCUUCCCUUAACGCGGCUUGCUUAGAAAUGUGACUUAUACCAUCUAUUGUAUGGUCAGUGAAUGCCAAGCGUUGUUAGAAAUUCAUUAGUAGCUUCAGCCCAAGCCCUAGCUGUGCACCAGCUACUGUUAAGUAA